AUGUCGUCUUAUUCCCUCUACACCAAUUCACCCUAUGAACCUCUCCUAGAUGUGCUCCCAGUGAUUGGACUGUACCGUUAUGCUGUUCAGUACGAUUACAGCCCAGAGCAGGAAGUUUGGUUGGCUGAUCAAGGCCCUUCCUUCGAGAGAGCCAUUCAGAACAACCGCGUUCUGCUGUGCUUGGAGCGUAUUUACUCCAGGUGGUUCGAUAGAUGGCCUAGCAAAUCUGAGGGCAUCGACCCAACUCACAUCAACUUAAACGAGAAACAACGGAAAAUUGAGAUUUUUGCUUUGUACAUCAUGGGUCUUAAACAUCGAUGGCUCGAUGUGGGUACGCCUCCUGACAGAUGGACAAAUGUGAUGGUGUACAUGAAGCUAGAUCACCUGGAAGAAAUGCUCCAAGAAUAUUGGGGGAUUCAACGCGUCUUUGUGCGGAUUGUAGGAGCUGCCAACGGCAACCGAUAG